AUGAGUUUUUUUCAAGUGAGCAUCAUGUUGGGUCUUGUAAAUUUAGUGUUUGCAAUAACCUCAACGAAACUACCUCAAGGUGGCACUCAAUUCUAAAAUUGCUUGCAUGUAGAAAAGGGAAAUUGUUAAUAAUGUUCAGCAUUACAUUUUUUGUUUACUUUGCCUCGUGAUCAUGAGAAUUUAGGUUUAAAGGCAGGAACUAGAGUUUGCGUAAAAUGGUACUUCUAACAAAUAUCUCUUAGCCCUUACUUUGGUUAUUUAGAUGAGAAUAACCUGUAUUGCGGAGAUUGUAUUGACAAUAGUCAAACUUGGGAUCAGAAUAGACUUUGCACUUAUGAUUUCAAAACAAAAUCCUCUACAAUUACUUCCAUUUUCCAUAAAGUUGAGAGACCUGCAAAACAGCUAUUUUAUAUUGUGUAAUCUGGCGCUAAUGAUUUUAAUUCAAUAAUGUGUGAUGGGUGCUCUAACUUUUGUAAAUCAAAGAGCCAAACAUGUUUUCCAGUUUCUUAACAAUUUUAAUAUGAUUUGAACAAUCCAUACAUUUAAUGCGCAUAGGGAUAUGCAUUCAAUGAUGCUAUUUAGGGAUGUGAUUCAUGUCCUGACAAUUGUUAAUCGUGUUAGAUUAACAUAGUGAGGACAUUGGACAGUGCAGGAAAAAUAAUUGUAACUACAAAGAAGAAGUGUUUAAUAUGUAAUGCAGGUUUCAGUUUAUUGAGUAUAAGAAUGAAAAGCAAUAGAAAUAUUAUGUAAACAUUAUGCAUGGCUUGCAAAACUGGUUGUAGCUAAUGUUACUUUGGGAAAAAUCAAGUAAAUUUAAACUAAGACCCUUGGGAUGACUAUAAUAAAUUUGACUCAGUAACUGAUCCCAAUGAAUUGGAUUUAGUGUUUAUUGAUGAUCCUGAAAAUAAUCCUCCUAUUUAGACCUUUUUUGAUAAAUUAUGGGAGGCGCAUCAAAUUGCAUAGAGGUGUAGUGUUUGUACAAGUACUUCCUAGAGCACUUUCAUUCCUUCACUUGAUAGAAUUUCAUGUGAAAGAUGCGGUACAAACUGUAGGAGAUGUGAAUAUGUUUCAUAUACUUUAACUGAGAAUAAAUAUCCAACUCGAGUUUAAAAUAUUGUUAUAGAAGCAAGUGGUAAAAGUCCUGAACCUGCAUUGACUGAAUAAGCCAAAGCUCCAUAUGUCUUUCGUUGUCGAGAAUGUGACGAUUAUACAUAAACGUUUGUGGCUUUGGGGAAUGCAUGCAUGGAUUGUUCUAAUUUAUUAAAUUGCAAAUUAUGUCAUAAAUAAGGAGACGCUACUUCAGGAGGGGAUGCUACAUUUUCCACUUUGACUCCAGAUUUCACUCCUCUUGAUAAAGAAGAGUUAUCUAUUCAAAAAUGUUUGGUUUGCCAAGAUGGUUUUUAUUAUAAUAAGGCUACGUCAUCUUGUUAAGCAAUACUAAUAGUAGAUGUCUCUGUUUCAACAGGAUGUUUAACGUAUGAUUUUGUCACUAAGGAUUGCAAGAAAUGCACAACUGGCUACACCCUUUACAAAGAUGCAGGAGAUGGAAUUUGGAAAUGUAGUUUUGACUGUUAACAAAACGUGUAAGAUUUCUUAUGCCAAACAUGUGUCAAAUAAGGGACUAAAUACAGAUGUUUGUAAUGUUUAGAUGGAUAUUACGUUGACGUUAAACUCGGCACGUGUAAACCAUGCUAGAACAAUAAUAGCUAUUGUAAGAAUUGUUAUACGUUGUCCCUCAAAAGCAUUCAUCGAACUGAUUAUUACCUUUAUGAAUAUGACGGAGAAUCUGAAAUAUAUGGACCAUAUUGUUAUGCCUGUACGGCUGGUGAUACAUAGAGAGGACCUAAAUUUAAUGAGGAUUUGAGAAUAUGUGAAAAAGGAAAAGAUAAUUGUGAUGAUUUCUAAGCCAAAGGAACAAGAGGAUAUUGUGAUAAAUGCGUAGAGCUUGUUCCAAAUAUAUUUCUAACAUCAAAGUCAGCCUCUCUUGAUGGAACUGAUUGUAUACUCUGCCCCGAGAAUACUAUAGGAUGCAGAGAGAGGGAUUCAACUGAGCUUAUGUCUUCAAAUAAAUACUUCGCUCCUACUGAAGAUGGUCUUACUUUAUUUUCUUACAUAGCAUUUAAAUGCGAUCCACUUACUUCUUAUCUUGAUGCUAAUAUAGGUAGAUGUUAAACACCAAAAGAUGGCUAUGCAUAUUUGUAUGAAGACACUAUCAUAAUCACUGCUGAUUGCGUUUAAAACUUGCCACACCUUGACUCAGUUUGGAGACUAAAUUCCUAAUACUCAGAUAUCACUUAAAAGACAGCAACCUUGAUUCUUGAAGAUGCUGUGUCUACAACCAUUAACUCUGCCAAACUUAAAGAAUACAAUACUAAAUCUCUUAGUAAACUCACAAUUAAUCUAAAUUUUAAUUUCAAUGGUGAUUAAAAUAACAAUCGUUGUUACUUCUAGAAAGAUACUUUCAUCUCAACUAAUCUAAGGAAGAACAUCUUUGCUUUGAAAGAUCUAGAACUUGUAAUUAGUGCACCUGGCAUUCCUAUUGGGCAAAGAAUUCAAUGGUAUAUCAUGAAUACUGUUUACUUUGAAUAUUUCACCUCUGUGACAAUAAAAGAUAUUGAAAUAUUGCCAGCAACUGAUUUAAAUACUUUGAAUCUCUACAACAAUGUUGAAAGGUAUGAUAAACCUUUUGGAUUUGAAUUCUUGAAAAAUGAGGGAUCAAAAUUCUAAAUGGAGAAUGUCAAAAUCAAUAAUGGCUAUGCAGAAGCUCAUUAUAAUUCAAAUGAUUAUACAACUCCAUAUAGUGACACUGCAUAAUCCCUUAAAAAAUAUAAGCCAUUUUUCACAGUACUUUUGAAUACAUAUAGCAUUACAUUGAAGAAUGUCAUCUUUCAAUCCCAAAACUAUUUAAUGGGGACAGAUCUAUCCUACUAAGCUAAGCCUUUCGGAUUGGUGUAUGAGAAUAAUGUUACAUUCUAAUAUCUGAACAUAAGAUUGGAGAAUGUCGUAUUUUAGGAUUUCGCUGUAGAAGAUCAAGCUAUUUUUGAGUUGUAAGACAUGACCUUAGUGACAGCUCCAGAGUGGAAUAGCAAGAUUUAUGUGAAGAAUGUGCAUUUUAAGGAUUGCUACUUUAUUAAUGAUGGAGCAUUCCUAAGCACGAAAUUGUCUGAAAAGCCAACAGGUAUGAUCUUAAUCGAUAAUAUGUAUAUGGAUAAUAUUGAAUACAAUAAUUCAAGGGGAAUAGUAGACUUUUAAACUAUGCAGAAAGUCUAAAUAAAUGGAUUCAAUAUGAUUAACAGUCGAGUCAAUUACACCACAUUAUUUCACAUUACUACUAUUGACAUGAGCAGAGUUUACAUGUACAAUACAACAUUUACUUAUUUUGGCAAGAUGGUUUAGACUCAAUUCGAUAUCUUCACAAUAAAGCCAAAUGAUGUGAUAUAUUCUGGAAUGGCUUUGAGUUUUACUGAUUUAGAAUUCAAUAAGAUCAAUUGUUUAUAUCCUGCAUGCAUAAUGUAAUUGAGUGGAAUUAAGAAUGACUAUGAAUUACCAAUAAACAUAUCGAUGAGUAACAUUAUUGUCUAGCAGAUAAAUUCACAGGGCUUCAAUGAAACGAUAUGGGAGGCAGCAACAAGUGCGGCAAUCCAAAUUUACAAAUCUCAUAUUUUGUAAGUCUAAAACUUUGAAAGUAUUUAAAAUCCAGAUCUGACAAUAUUCUAUACAGAACAAGUGGAUGAUACUACUUUUAUCAAUUUGAAAUGUCGUCAAAACUUUGAUUUAAGUAUUAGAAAUAACUACUGUGUAUUUUUGAACAAUUUCUACAAGAAGAUUAAAAUGGUUGAUGUUGAAUUGAUAAAUUUGAAUGGAAUUGACAAUUCAUUUAUUGGGCUCUCUUCUUGGAAUAAUUUGGUUUACAAUACAAGUAGUGAAGACUUCAAAGAAGAAAUACUAUUAGAGAAUAUAGUAGUUCAAUAUUGUACGAUAACGACGACAGUAUUGGCAGUCCCUUCAAGUGCUAUUCUGAUAGAUUCAACCUAAGAGCAAUUAGUGACCAUGAAGAACAUGAACUUUUAUAACAAUAAACAUUUCUCUGCAUCCUAUUUAAAGGGAACUCUAAGACCUAGCAAUCCAACCUUCUUGAUUAGAAGUGUUGUAGGUACAUUGAACUUGCAGAACUCUUUUUGGAAAAAUAAUCAAGUAAGUGGGUAUGGAGCUGUGUUGUAUUUAGAAUGUGGAAUUUAAGUGAUCAAAAAUAUUUCAAUGCUCAACAGUAAUUAUGAUGCUACAUCAUUCAUUAAUUAGAAUCCAUUUUCUUAAACGAUCAAUAGCUUGGUUGAAGGAGGACAUUUGUUUUUAGCUGGUUAUAAUAUUUAAUUGUUGGAUUCAUCGUUUAGUAAUUCAACAGGGAAAGUUGGAGGCGGUAUUUAUUUGAAGGCUCAGAAGGAGGGACAAGUCUAUUUUAAUAACACUUCAAUCACAAAUGCAUUGACUCCGAUGGAUGGGGGAGUAGUCUCAAGAGGAGGAUGCAUCUAUGUAGAUUCAACCUAUUCACAAUUGAGUAUGCUCAUGGAGAACAUGGAUUUGAAAGGAUGUAUUGCAAGAGCUGAUGGUGGUGGAAUUUAUGUGACUGCUUCAGAUAGACAAUAGCAAUUUACAAUUAGAAGCAGUAUCAUAUCAAAUUGUUAUGGUUUGAGUGGUACAUCAAUAAAGGUGAAGUUUGAUGAGAGAACUUAAGCAGUACAGAAGACUACAUUGGUUGGAGUGAAAAUUUCAGGCAAUUACACCAAUGCUUUGGAUUAUUUCAGCAAUUUGACCAAUUUCUAAAUAAUUGAGGAAUUCUUGUUGGUUAAACGAAUGGCUGCUUUUGAGUAAGACAAUGGGCAAGUUGAAGUUCAGAAUUGUUAUAGUGAAGGACUCUAUUAUUUUGGAUUUAUUUCACUUCAAAAUCCUAGUCUGGUAAGAUUCAACACUAUUGAAUCCUAACAUAGUGUGUUAUCAUAUAGACCAUACAUCGAAGUGAUUGAACCAUUGGCAAACCCAAUCUUCAUAGAUUCAGUGCAAUUUAGAAAUAUAUCAUCUAUGAAUGUCACUGUUGUUUGCAAUGAAGCAAAAUUGACUAAUGAAUAGAAUGCCAUUUGUAAGAUAUUGUAAUCUCGAGUUGACUUUCCUGAAUAUAUUAUAAAUCCAGCCAUGAUGUUGGUUGAUCAGAUUACCAAAAGUACACCUUUAACGAUGAGGAAUGUCUUCAUCAAUAGAGUAAAAUGCAAGGAAUGUUAUGGAGGAUUAGUUUAAGUAAUGAGAGUAUCAAAUAGUGAAAUGAGAGAACUAGUUCAAUUAAGUGUUUGCAGAUGUUCUAAUUCAGAGGCAGCAUAUUAUGGAUGCUACAUGGUUUCAUCAGUCUAACAUUCUAGUUUAUUAAAAAAGGAAGACUCUCAAAUUGGUAUUGGCUUUAGUUCUUCAUUAAGUUUGGACUCAAUAUUAACAAAAACAGGGUUGAAAAGCAGAAGGCGAAUUCUGUAAGCACAAUAUUCACCAUCUGAUUACAGUUAUGCUGUCCCAUUGCCUUCUUAUAUGGCUCACGUGAUAGUAGAUUCUUUGAACAUACAAGACGUCAGAGCAAUUCAUGGUGGAGGUGUUUCAAUCUAUGGUCUCACUGCAAAUAUUACAAGUGCCUAUUGUACAUAGUCCGUAGUGAUUGGUCAAGGAGGAUGUGUCUAUUAUGAAGCACAAGAAAAAAAUAAUAAGGUAGUGUAUUAGAGAUUGAAUAUUGGAUCCAGUGUAUUCUUUAGGAAUAAUGCCAGCAUCGGUGGAGCAAUCAGAGUCAAGCAAAGUGGCAUCAAUGAUUGGACUAAGACUUCAAAUACUAUGCUCUAAAAUUAUGCCUCAUUGUUUGGUAAUGAUGUUGCUGGAUACCCAACACAUCUAGGAAUCAUGGUCAAUGGAAGAUUACAAAACUCAAGUUACAUUUAUGAUAACACAGAAUGGCUUCAUUAUCCAUUGGUUAUUAAGAGUGGUUAGGAAAUGUCUGGAUUUGAAAAUCAAACUGUCCUUUUGGUUUUCCUCAAUGAAAAUAAUGAAGCUAUGAAGUAUUAAUUUGAAUCUUAAUCCAACGUUCAUGCUAAUCUAACAAAUACCAUUUAAGGAGAAUCGUUGAGAAUCUUUAAUUUGGAUCAAUAAGGUUUUGUCUACUCCAAUUUACAGAUAUUAUUUGACCCCUAUCAAAAUGUCACUCUGGAUGUUCAAUUGAACAGUUCACUUGUCAACAUUCCUCGUUACUAUAGUCAAUACCCAUAUCAACUCAUUGGAUUUGAUACAGAUUACGUUCUAUAGGCUAGAAUAAGAUCAGUGGAAUGUGAUCGAGGAGAAGCGUACAAUCCACAACAAGGUUCAUGCACUCCUUGUCCGAUAGGAUAAUAUGUUCUGGCUUAUAAGGGGAUUUGCAAAUAGAUAGAUGAUACAUCAAUGACUUACACCAGGAUGAAUUAAAUUAGCAUCAAAAAUCAAUAUUGGAGACCAGACCAUUUAAAUGAUUUGCCUGAGAAGUGUAAAAACAAGCCAGUCAAUUGUUAUGGAGGAUUUAAUGUUGGAAAUGAUUUGUGCUAUGAAGGUAUGAUCGGAGCACUUUGCGAAGAGUGCGAUAUUUAUGGCAUAUAUUGGGAUGCAAAAUACAGUAAUUCAGCCAAAUAUGAAUGCGGUACUUGUUAGGAUAGAACAAGGAACCUUAUUAUGAUAGUCUUUUUGAGUAUAUUCACAUUGUAUUCCACCAUUUCCUCAGUAAAGGCAAAUUAAGAGAGAAUGGAGAAUUGUGUCCUUUACGAUAUAUUUGCUCUACUUGGAUGGGCUUCCUCUUAAAAGGCCAGUGGUAAUGUUGCAGUAUUAAUGAAAAUAUUUAACAAUCACACAUAAAUAUUGUCGAUUUUGAGUGGGUUUUAGAUAGAAAUACCGAAUGAAACGGUGGAUUCAGUCAACACUGUGAGUAUGCCUGCAAAAACAAUAGGUAAUUCAUUGGAUUGCUUUUUGGUUGAAAACACUUGGGGUAUAGAUCUGAUCUACUUCCGUUUAAUUUGGUCAUUGAUUAUGUAAGUCAUUUACAUUUUGAUGAUGCUCAUAAUCAUUUUUGUGAGUGUAGCCAUAGGCAAAAUGUAAUUCAAAGUCUAAUAUUUAUACACCAUGGCAAUAUAUCUAUUUGUAUUUCUACAGCCAAAUUAUGUGAUGGAAUUCAUGACAUUGAUAUCAAGUAGGGUCAUCUCAGGUAAUUAUUACAUCAUGGCUAAUGUAUCAUACAGAUAUGACACUUUUAAACAUGAUUAAUGGAUAGCUGGUUUUGGAGUGCCAGGUCUAUUGUUGUGGGUGCUUGUAUUGCCAACAGCCUUUUGGUACGUAUGCUAUCAAGGAGCUUAAUAAAUGAAAUUGAAUUCCUUUAGAUUUAGUUAGUCCUGGGGAUUCUUUUAUCAUGAAUACAGAAGAGACAGAUAUUAUUGGGAAUUCAUUAAGAUAUUUUACCGUUCUUUGAUUAGUAUUCUGAUUUGCUAUUUCUAAGAGGAAAUCAUCGUAAAAGGUAUUUUGUCUUUUCUUGUUGUGUAUGCAUAUUACGGACUAAGCACACACUUCAAUCCUUAUAAUUUAAGGGUGACCAACGAUUUAGACUAGUUAUCGACAGUGGUCUUAUCGUUAUCGCUCAUAGUGGGUGUCUUCCUUUAUAGAACCAUUGACAUUGACUUUUAUGGUCUGACAUAUGCAGGGUAUGUACUGAUUGGCCUUCUGAAUGCUGUGUUUUUGCUUUUAUUCUUCUACAAUCUGUUCAAGGGGAAGUUGUAGGAGUUUGCACCAAAAUUGGAUGACGUUCGGGAGAAGGUUAAGGAGAAGUUCCCUCAUCUUAAUAACAAUCCUCGUCUUCGUCCUUAUCUGCAGAAUCAGACCUAGUUGAAUCAUAAGGCGAGGUUGGAAUGGGUUGAGUUGAGCAAGAUUGUGAAUCGUGGGAUUAUGUUGUGGAGGGCUGAUAAAUCGAAACCUUUGUAAUUCUUCAGAGUUACUGAUGUUCCAAAGAGCGAUUACAAUACAAAAAUUAACUAAAUUCAUUAAGAGUUCGGUUCUGAGAGUGAUGAUUAGAACUUGUUGUAUGGUGAUGGGCUACAUUCAAUUUAGAUGUCAAAGGAGAACAUCUAAGAUGAGGGGAAGGAGAAAUAUAUAUAUCAAUGA